AUGAGACUGCUUUCUAAAGCUCUAAAUAUGUGGCGUUGUCUGUUCCUUGUCCUUCUGGUUCCACUGCAAGUCUUAUCCGUGGACAUCUUCACAGGGGAUUCCCAGACGCUUCCUCGUUUAAGCCACUCCCCAUUCGGAUAUGGUGGCACGUCUACCGGAGGAUCGACGAAUGAAACAUCGAUCUACAUCGUUUCAAAUCACACAGAGCUCCGCGAGGCUCUCGCUCUACCUUUCACUAAAACGAUCUACGUGAACGGCACCAUUGAAGGGAACCAGCUCGACAACGGUACUUUUGCAACAUGCGAAUACUAUACCGCCGCCACGAGCGGCGCAUCCAGUCAAUUCGACUUCAUUCUGUACCUUCUCAGCCUUAACGCGACCUACGUCUCGCUCGUUGAGGACGCUAUAUCCCAGAACGUCACCUUCGAAGGAAAGAACGCCACGGAAUACCGGGCCCUGCUUGGGCACCAGAACGGCUGGCGGCCCGUGGUAUCCAACACCCAGAAAGCUCAAGUAGGAUUCACACUCACCAAUAACACGUCGCUGAUCGGGAUAGGGAAAAGUGCAGCGUUGAACGGGAUCAACCUAUACCUGAGUUCGGUGGAUAACGUCUGGAUACGGAACCUCAAACUUGUCUCGCCGGCGGAUUGCUUCCCAGCCCCAGAAACCUUCCCUUCAUCGUGGAAUGCCAGAUUCGAUGCUGUAGGACUCGUCACAGCUACGAACGUCUGGGUCGAUCAAUGUGAGCUCCAGGAUCAGCUUAGCGGCGAAUACGUCCAACCGGAUAUCAUCGACCCGGGCUGGCAGGUAGACCGAUUUGAUGGUCUCUUCGACUGCGAAGACGGCACCGACAACGUCACCUUCUCGCAUAACAUCGUCCGCAACCACCAUAAAUCCCUCCUCCUCGGCGGGGGCACCAAAGAGGCCCCACGCGACCUCGGGAAAAUGCAUUUCACGAUAUUCGGUAACCACUUCAAUAACUCGGCUUCAAGGAACCCCGCCAUGCGAUUUGGAACGUUUGACGUGUAUGCGAACCUGUUUGAGGAUGUCAAUAAUAACGAGCCGCGGUUCAGUGCCAAUCUGAAUUGGAGGGAAGAGGACAUGCCUUUGGAUGCUGUCUUCGAGUACCACCUGGGGGUGUACAACCAGUCGACUGUCCAGCUGCGGGAUAAUGUCUUCCUGCAGUCGGGUGAAGUGCCGGAUGAUACAUCUAGGAUAUUCACGAUCAGCGAAGCGACGAUCCCUGAGCAUCCUGCGAGGGUGUGUAUAAGGGAUUCCGGCGUCCCGCCUACCCUUAACGGGAUCAGUAUCGACUUGGGCUCCAUAGCACAGGAUACUAUCGACUGGUUCGUGGAUGAGGGAGAUUCGGCUGAGGGUGCGGUGCUGGUGACGUGCGAAGAUGUGGCAGCGGGUAACUACCGAACAUUUGGGACUGUACAGGAGGUGACUCAGUAUGUGUUGCAAGAGGCAGGACAAUCUUCGUAG